AGACUUGAGAGUGUAUCUCGACCGAGACGAAUGAGGGCCAGAUCAGGUCCUGCCGCCUGCCGCUCGUCUGGCGUUCGGCUUUGGUCGUGGUGGUUGUGGCCUUGUGUCUCGAACCUGAUCCUUUUUGGUCUUCAAUCAUGGCAUACGCUUUGAGAAUUGCAAACCGGAUGGCGGCGUCAACUUUGCUGAGACCUUCAGCGGCAUUGCCUGGCACCUGCCUGGCUCCAAUGUCAGCCGCAACGGGAGGACAAGCCCCCGCCUCCGCGGAGUUUUUCCAGAAGAACAAGAAACUUCAGAGGCCACUGUCUCCGCACCUGACCAUUUAUGAGUAUCAGAUAACGACCGUGAUGUCAAUCACACACCGUGUCACCGGCUGUGGUCUUGGACUUUGUGUCUACGGGCUGGGCCUGGCUCCCUUUCUGACCGCCCACCAGUUUCCCUACUACGUGGAGGCCGUCAAAGCCAUGAGCAUUUCUCCGGUGCUGCUGGUGCCCUUCAAGUUUGCACUGGCCUGGGCACUCUGCUACCACACCCUCAAUGGCAUGCGCCAUCUGACUUGGGACCUGGGCAUUGGGUUCCGGCUGAAGGAACUCUACGCCAGCGGCUACACCGUGCUCGCCAUCAGCCUCGUGCUGGGGGCCAUUCUGGCCUUCAAGUGAAGAUCUGCCAUGUGUUACUACAUGUUGGGCAGGAGGGGGAAUGCUGUGAGGCCCCGCACUCUCUUAGAUUCAAGGAAUAAAGACAACUGCUGCUUCGAA